AGCAACACUGUGCGUGCCCUGCCGGAUUGAUUUAUCGGUGAAGGAUUUACGUUCGAUUUCUGUGAAAUUUCUUCGUGGCUUGGAAGAGUGCCGCGUUAGCCGACCUCAGCCAUGUCGGACAGCGAGGGCAGCAACUACUCGGAGGACAACGAGAGCGAGCGCAGCUUCCAGGGGAGCGAGCGAGCUGAAGAGGAGGAAGAAGACGAGGAAGAAGCUCGCAGUGAAGCUGGCAGCGAGGCCGGCAGUGGCAUCGGCGUGGCCGAGGCAGAAGAGGUUCCCGAAGGCGCCGAGGAGGACCCAGAACCGGAGGAGGAGCCAGAGGGAGAGAACCUGGACGAGGAUGAGUAUGACGAGGAAGAAGAGGAAGAAGACGAGGAUGAGGAGGCACGGCGCAAGCGGCGCAAGAAGGCCCGCUUCGGCGGAUUCAUCCUGGACGAGGCGGAGGUGGACGACGAGGUGGAAGAUGACGAGGACUGGGAGGAGGGGGCAGAGGACAUGAUAGACCCCCAUCGCCAGACCGAGGAGGCCUCCUCCAAGGAGCUGCACUCCCACCGCAGGCUCCAGAUGAUGCUCACGUCCCAGAAAGAAGACGAGAUCGAGGACUACUACCGGCGCAAGUACGCGGACACGACUGCGACCGAAGGUGGCUACCGUGAGGCCGACGUGGAGCUCUCGGACGAGAUCGCCCAGCAGACUCUCCUGCCAGGAGUCAAGGACCCCAACUUGUGGAUGGUCAAGUGCAAGAUUGGGGAGGAGAAGUCCACGGUGCUCCAGAUGAUGCGCAAGUUCAUUGCCUACCAGUAUUCGGAAGAGCCGCUCCAAAUCCGGAGCGUGGUCGCCCCAGAGGGGCUGAAGGGCUACAUCUACAUCGAGGCCUACAAGCACACGCACGUCAAGCAAGUCAUCCAGGGCGUUGGCAACCUCCGCAUCGGUCUUUACCAGCAAACGAUGGUUCCUAUCAAGGAAAUGACGGACGUCUUACGCGUCACCAAAGAGCAGGCCCAGUUACGUCCCAAGCAGUGGGUCCGCCUCAAGCGGGGCAUCUACCGCGACGACCUGGCCCAAGUCGACUACGUAGACACUGCGCAGAGCCAAGUCAACCUCAAGCUGCUUCCCCGCGUCGACUACACCCGGCUCCGCGGUGCGCUGCGGCCCGCGGCCGGCGAGUCCGAGAAGCGCAAGAAGUCCAAGCGCCCCGCCGCCAAGCUCUUCGACGUGGACGCCAUCCGCGCCGUCGGCGGAGAAGUCACCACGGACGGCGACUUCCUCAUCUUUGAGGGCAACCGCUACAGCCGCAAGGGCUUCCUCUACAAGGCAUUCGCCAUGUCCGCCAUCAUAGCCCAGGGCGUGAAGCCCACGCUCUCUGAGCUUGAGAAGUUCGAGGAGCAGCCGGAAGGGUUGGAGCUGGAGCUGGGGGAGAGUCGGAAAGAGGAGCAGGGCCACUCGUUUGCUCCGGGCGACACCGUGGAGGUGGCCGAAGGAGAGCUGGUGCACCUGCAAGGCAAAAUCAUCUCCAUCGACGGCAACAAGAUCACCAUGCUGCCGCGCCACGAGGACUUGACGGAGCCGCUGGACUUCCAGGCCCACGAGCUCAAGAAGUCCUUCAAGAUGGGGGACCACGUCAAGGUGAUCGCCGGGCGUUUUGAGGGAGACACCGGGCUCAUCGUGCGGGUCGAGGACAACAUGGUGGUGCUCUUCUCGGACCUCACCAUGCACGAGCUCAAGGUGCUGCCACGUGACCUCCAGCUGUGUGCGGACAUGGCCACGGGGGUGGACUCUCUGGGGCAGUUCCAGUGGGGGGACCUGGUGCAACUUGACCCCCAGACUGUGGGGGUGAUUGUGCGCCUGGAGAAGGAAAACUUCCAGGUGCUCAGCAUGAAUGGAAAGGUGGUUCAAGUGAAACACCAGUCUGUGAACAAAAAGUGUGAUGCGCGCAAGGCCGUGGCACUAGACUCGGACCAGAACCAAAUCCAGAUCAGGGACAUCGUCAAAGUCAUUGACGGCCCUCAUUCGGGAUCUCAAGGGGUAGUCAAGCACAUCUUCCGGAGCUUUGCCUUUCUGCACUCUCGUAUGAUGCUCGAGAAUGGAGGAAUUUUCGUCUGCAAGACGAGGCACCUUCUGUUGGCCGGCAGUACCAGGCAGGUGACGGGUCCCGUGAUGGGCGGCUACACUCCCCAGUCCCCCCGCAUCUCCAGCCCCAUGCACCCCUCGGGAGGGGGAGGGGGAGGGGGGGGAGGGGGAGGAGGCGGCGGCAGGGGUCGAGGGGGACGCAGGGACAGCGAGCUCAUCGGCGAGACCAUCAAGAUCACCCAGGGGCCCUACAAGGGCCACAUUGGAAUUGUGAAGGAUGCCACAGAGUCUACUGCCAGGGUGGAGCUUCACACCAAGUGCCAGACCAUCUCGGUGGACAGGUCGCGCAUUGCUGUCGUCGGGAGUGCCAGCAAAGGGGGUGGCGGCGGAGUGUCGACUUACAACCGUACGCCAAUGUACGGGAGCGGCAGCCAGACGCCCAUGUACAGCAGCGGGUCCCGGACACCCAUGUACGGUUCCCAGACGCCCCUCUACGAAGCGGGCAGCCGGACACCCCAUUUCGGGGGCGGGCAGACGCCCGUGCACGACGGGAGCCGCACCCCUGUGCACGGGGCCUGGGACCCCACGACGGCCAACACCCCGGCCCGGCCCGAGCUGGACGACUACCAGCUGGAGGAGGCAUCCCCCUCGUACCAGCCGGCCACCCCGGGCUACCAGGCCCCCGAGACCCCCCAGGGGCCCUACACCCCGCAGACACCUGGCAUGUACGGCUCGGACCACGGCUUCUCCCCGUACCAGGCCAGUCCCUCCCCCACCGCCUAUCAGCCGUCUCCGAGCCCGAAGGGAUACGUGGCGACGCCGAGCCCUGUGGCAUUCCAAGCGGGCACGCCGUCCCCGUCCACGUAUGGCGGCUACAGCCCCAUGACUCCCGGGGCACCGUCCCCCUUCAACCCCCAAACCCCGGGGGCAGGGAUGGAGGCCCUGUCAGUGGAGUGGCAGACGAUGGACCUGGAGGUGCGCAUCAAGGACACGCACGAGGACGACGGCAUGAUCGGACAGACGGGUGUCAUACGGGGCAUCUCGGGUGGAAUGUGCUCAGUGUUCCUCCUCAAAGAAGACCGCGUCGUCAGCAUUCUCAGCGAGCACUUGGAACCCGUGGUGCCGGUUGCUAAAGACAAGGUGAAAGUGAUACUGGGCGAGGAUCGGGAGGAGACUGGGGAACUGCUGAGCAUCGACCAUCCCGAGGGGGUGGUCAAGAUGGGCAACGGCAAGAUCACCAUGCAGCCCAUGCGCUACCUCUGCAAGAUGCACGACAGCUGAACCCACACCCCAUUAAACGGAAAACUCAUCAUCCCCCCUUGGGGCCCCUUCACACUUCA